AUGGCACUCCACAGACUCCAUCGCUUCUUCUACAGCACCUCCUUCACCAUCCUAUUUCUAUUCCUGUUUCUGCUGCUGCUCAUCACCCCCGCAGACGCAAUAGUGCAGGCAUACUUCCGAAAUUCACAACUCUACAACAUCUUCAUCAUCGCCGGAACCUAUGUCCUCACCGCACUUCUCGCCCUGGCGAUAUAUAUAUCGCGCAUUUACUCCGUCCGCCGGCUAAUGGAAGAGAUCCCCAAAUCCUGGGCUCCCGUAAAGAAGAUGGACCUGCCGAAACGCGUGCACAAGGCCAUUGCCGGCAAUCUCGGCAGGAGCGCCAUCAUCGCUGUACAGAGUCGUCCGAACCCGUCAACUGUGAGCGGUACUGGUGGCGUGAUAUCGCACCCGGGGUGGUCGGCGCCUAGCUCCGUGGACCUUCCCGAGGUCCACUAUCUAUCAGUAAUUGCAGAGUUGCCGCACCUAAUCGAAGCCAAGGCAUUGUCGUUGCGUCUGGGAGGACAGGACUUGCGGAGGCAGCCGCAUAUGACGCUGAGAGCUUAUUUGAGCCAUCUCGCGGCGUUUGGGGUUGUGAAGGGAGGCGCAGCAGACCUCUUUCUGGAUGGAUAUGAGAGGGCAAGGUUCAGGACGCGGAGUGCGGGGGUGGAAGAGGAGGAAUUCAGGGGCUUGAUGAAGGUGUUUGCGGGCCUUCUGAGAGGAAUGGGGGAACAUGCUCCCCCGUCGAUACAUACGCAGGAAGAGGACCUGAGCGGGUGGAUCACCCAUGAUGAGGAUGAGGAUGACGAGAGGCACGGGGGAAGUGGGGUUGCAGAGGAGGAAUAUGGAUACUCUGAGGGUGAAGGAAGCCUGUUGAGGAGAGGACCAUUCAUGAGCCUGGGCUACGAAACCACAACCACGGACGAUGGAGACGAGGAGGAAGACGAGGGACUUCGAUACACUCCUGAUCCACAUUCUGGCGGUCAACAUUCAUACUUUGACCGGCCAAGGACAAAAGAAGAGCAUGACCUAUAUCUUGAACAAGAACGACAAAAAAUAAAAAGCAGCCUAGGAAGGACUCGGAUGCAACGCGCGAGAACAUCAUCAUUAGGCAGUGCAAAAUCUGCAGGAACUAAGGACGGCGAGGGAUAUGAGAUGGUCUCAUUAUCCCCACAGUCAGAUAGGGCGAGGGCCCAAAGAUUAAGUGUUAGGGUUAGCACAGGGACGUUUGGAUAG